AUGAAAAGGAAGAUGGAGGAGGAUCUCGACGUGUUGUUGGACGAGACGUUGACGCUAUGCAAAACACCCCCCGUCCCGCGACGCAAUCCGCAUCGCGUCUUCUAUCAGUACAAAUGCAAAACAUCGCCGCCCACGGCGCCACCAAAGGAACCGGAGAACCCAGAGAUGGAGAUGAAAGGACCGCCCAUGUUCCACUUUGGAGGACAAACCGAGUUGGUCCCUAAGCCCCUCUUCGCCAGGAGCAACUCGCUGCCGUCACAAUCCGUCCGACCAUCGCUACCAUCUCGCCCAUCCGAGCCUUUUCAGUUCAACGCCGACGACAUCGUCAAAAGCCCGACACCUUUGUUCGGCAGGAGGAACACGCUGCCAUCCAAGGUGCGACGCGCUGUUGCCGCCGAAAGAAAGCCAUCGCCGUUGUCGCGCGGAGAGGGAGUGCGAUCGUCGCAAUCGGCCCACACCACCACCAAGGAGCCCACGUCACCAGCGCUGCCACGUAAGGAACCCAACACCACGCCGAACCCAAAAGCGAAAACCACCAAGUCGCAAUUCGCGACUCCGCAGAGGACCCCCCGUGUUGUCGACAUCAAAAGACCAUCACCACUUUCUGGCAAGGGAAGUGCGCGACGACCCGGUCCCACCCGAUUCGCUCCUGUGGAACCCCCAUCGCCGAUAGUACUGUCACCCGUCAUCUCCAACAGCUCUGCGACUUCAUCGCCAUCGCCAUCUGUUUUCUCCGAAGCGGCCAGUUUCUCUGCGUCGAGCCCAUCAACACCUGCCACGUCACCACCUGGCUCUCCAAUGGUGCCAACAACACACGCUCGCUCGCAGUCGCUAAGUUAUUUCCCGCCGUCUCAUUGGACCAUCAAGCCCUCGCCUUCCCCGAUCUACGUCCCCAGGCAAAAGUUGAGGAGGAAGGACAGUCCCAAAAUGGAGACUCUUCGCACACUAAGAGCGAAGGAGUCGGACAUGAUGCUGCAACAAAUUUACGACCAACAUUGGGAAGCAUACCGCGCAAAACUACUUAAUAUGACUAGCGGACUCCGCGCUGCAGAGCGACUUUAA